AUGAAAUUUCAACAAACCCUAGUAUUCAUCACUUUUGUGACAAUGGUCUCAAUGUGCUAUGGACAUAUUGGUGGCGAGAUUUCUUUCCAGGACGUAAAUCCUCAGGUCUACUGUGGCAGAACCUUGGCAAGGGCUUUAGCUCUUCUGUGUUUUGAUGAGGGUGGUUACGAUAAACGAUCUCAAGCUAAUGAACAAAAAGAAACCAUGUAUGGGCCAUACUUAUUGCCAUACUUCAAAGACCAAGAGCCUCAACGGGGAUUACCCUGGAUGUCUUCCAAUAAGGCAAGAAGCAUGUCGCUUCCAUCUCGAGGCAAGCGUUACCCGGGCGUCGUCAGCGAAUGCUGUGAUAAGCCUUGCAGCAUCAACGAACUACUCACAUAUUGCUAA